GGACGGUGGCACUAGACCUGAAGAAACCCUGAAUUCUUGCGGCUGCUGUUCUUCAACCACAUUUCCACCACUCAAGUCAACGAGGACUAUGUGAAAUGGAUCUUUCCUCAAGCACUGUGCUUUUCGUUCUCCUGUCCUGCUGCUGCUGCUGGGUUUCAGCGCACAGACACGCCUUUGAUCCUUCUGCUCUUCCAGAUAUCUCUGUGACAAAUGGUGGACACUGGGGCGCCUGGGGAACUGUUGAAUAUUGUCCAAAGGGUUAUGCUAUUGGUUUCUCACUGAAGAUAGAGCCUUAUCAAGGAGGCGACCAAGACAGCGAUGAUACGGCUCUGAAUGGCAUCCGUCUGAUGUGCUCUGAUGGUACAUUUAUUACAUCCAGUGUUUCCAGAUGGGGUACUUGGUCUGGGCGCUACUACUGCCCUUUAAAAGGUAAACUGAAGACCUUCUCUCUGAGUGUGGAGGCACCCCAAGGGAUUGGUGAUGAUACCGCAGCCAACAACAUCAAGUUUUUGUGUGAAGGUGGUCAUGUGCUGAUCGGCAACUCACAUAGCUGGGGUAGUUUUGGCAAAUGGAGUGAUACCUGCAGCAGUGGAAUCUGCGGGCUACAGACAAGAGUUGAGGAAGAGCAAGGGCAUUGGGAUGACACGGCACUUAAUGAUGUGGUAUUCCACUGCUGUUAAUGGAAACAGAGCACUUCUUCCCUGUUUAACAACGGUCCUGCCUGUUAGUGUCAUUGUGGCUUUGCUAGUUCCCACCUUGAUCCAGUUCAAGGUGGAAAGUGGAACACUUCUGUAGAACAUCCCCUGUCAAAGCUUAUUGUGAAACACAUUGGGAUCCACAAGAGAAAUAAAUUUUGUUUUCUGAACCUGA